AUGCUUCUACUAUCUCCGAUCUCCGCCUCUUUACCACCGGCAUUUCACCCGGGAAAACUGAUCCGGCGUUCGAUCAAGCCGUCAGGUAGAGUCAUAGCAAAAGCCAAGGACAAUACCGAGACCGGCGGAUUUCUAGAGAACGCUGCUAUAGCCGGCGGUUUAGUGUCGACGCCGGUUAUCGGAUGGUCGCUCUACACUCUGAAGACCACGGGGUGUGGUUUACCUCCAGGACCGGCCGGUUCAAUCGGAGCGUUGGAAGGUGUGAGCUACUUGGUGGUGUUGGGCAUUGUUGGCUGGUCUCUGUACACAAAGACGAAAACCGGGUCGGGUCUGCCAAAUGGGCCGUUUGGGCUGCUGGGUGCUGUGGAGGGCUUGUCGUACCUGUCGCUUCUAGCCAUUCUUGUGGUGUUCGGUCUUCAGUUUUUGGAUAACGGGUCGGUUCCUGGUCCGCUUCCUAGUGACCAGUGUUUCGGUUAA